AUGACACCAUUCCAAGCUCUAUAUGGUUAUAAACCACCUAAAUUGAGUUCGAAACGUGAUGACACUCAAGUUGUUGUUGCUGAAGAUUGGUUAAGGGAGAGGGUGAACUGGAAUCCAUUAUGGAGAGAAAAUUUGUUGAAAGCUCAUAACAAAAUGAAGCAGUUUGCUGAUAAGCACAUAACAGACCGAUCCUUUACUGAAGGUGAUUGGGUGUACCUUACGUUGCAACUGUAUAGACAGACGAUAGUAGCUUUAAGAAAAAAUUUGAAGUUGGUAGCAAAAUACUAUGGGCAAUAUCACGUGGAAAAGAGGAUUGGGUCAGUAGCUUAUAAGCUUAAACUCCCACGAGGUACUGCUAUUCACCCUAUUUUCCAUGUUUCACUCUUGAAACCAUCUGCUAAAGGAACUCCUAUCAGCAGUGAAUUACCACAGAUAUCAGAUGAAAAGUUCUUCACUAUUACUCCCACUACAGUGUUGGAUAGAAGGGUGAUUAACAGGAAUGGGCAACAAUUGGAGCAGGUCUUAAUUUGCUAG